AUGGCGUCUUCUUCUUCCACCAAAGUAUCCAUGAAGCUUCUUAUCGACACAAAGAAUAACAAAGUUCUCUUUGCUGAAGCUUCAAAACCUGUCAUAGACUUUCUCUUCAACUUGCUAUGCUUACCUAUUGGUACUGUAGUUAAGCUUCUAAGUUCAAAUAACAUGAAUUACAUGCAACCAUUUCAAACCAAGGAUGUUCUCUUAAACCCAAAAGCUCAAAGCUCUUCCACUCAAAUCUCAGGCUUCCUUACUCGUAACCAUGCUAAUGAAGACAAAGAUGAAGAAAUAAAGUUGUUCAUGUGUCCAAAUAAGUGUAAGUUUGAGGUGACAAAAGAUAACACAACUCGAUGCACUAGUUCUGUCAAUAUUCACUCUCCUUUUAUGGCUCCAGCCUAUUCUUCUUGCUCAAACUUUAUGAGCAGUGAAGUUCAUUAUAUUGGAAAUAAGAAGGUUGCUGAAAAAAAAAGUUUUUCCAAUAACAAGAGUGGUUUUGUGAAAUAUGUUAUAACCUUUAUGGUGAUGGAUGAUUUGGUGAUUCAUGCAAUGUCAACAAUAUCAAGCAUCACACUGUUAAACAAGUUCAAUAUCAAGGAAAUUGGUACUUUGCAAGAAAAGAUCGUUGAAAUGGGAAUGAAUAUGCUUCUAACCCAUCUGUUGUCUGUCUCGCUGUGUUUGAUCGCUGGAAUGUAUCAGAUUGACAGGUUAUAUGUUCAAUGA